AUGGCGGCCGUACAAGGUGGUCUGGCCGACACGAACGAAGAAAAAGACAUAAAAACAGAACCAUCAAACGAUGGCUUUGGAAAUAAUAAUGCAAACGACGGAAGAGUGCUCUCUACGUCCCCCGGCUCCAGUGCUUCGGCUGGAAUUAAUAAAUCUGCGGCAGGAGCCCCGGAGGACCAGCAGACGCUGCUGGCAGUCCUGCAAUUCCUCAGGAAGAACAAACUGACCGAGUCCGUCGAAAUUUUGCGUCGUGAAGCGGGACUACCGGAGGAUUCACUGGAACUGAAGGGGGGUGAUUCCUCCGGUGCAGGCUCGGGGGGUGCUGCGGGCAGUGGGGACAAAGAAGGCGGGGAUGCGAGCUCUCUUCUCAGCCGGGUCACCAGCUCAUCCUCGGCUGUAGCUCAGGCGCCAACUAAAGCUGCUGGGGAGGAUCAGCCAGAUGUCAACGUGGUGCUGUCAGCUUACAACCAGCAGGGAGACCCUCCGCUGUACCAGGUUUACUACAGCGGCCUGAAGAAGUUCAUAGAAUCGGUUUUGGACUGUCACCGAGCAGAGCUGUCACAGCUCUUCUACCCGCUGUUUGUGCACAUGUAUCUGGAACUGGUGUACAACAAUCACGAAAGUGAGGCCAAGGCGUUCUUCGAAAAGUUCAGUGGCGAUCAAGAGUGUUACUACGAAGACGACUUGCGUAUAUUGUCCAGCCUGUCCAAGAGGGAGCACAUGAGAGGCAACGAGACCCUGAUGGACUUCCGCACCAGCAAGUUCGUCCUGCGUAUCUCCCGUGACUCUUACCAGCUGCUGAAGAGGCACCUGCAGGAGCGUCAGAACAACCAGAUCUGGAAUAUCAUACAAGAGCACCUCUACAUUGACAUCUUUGAUGGCAUGCCACGCAGCAAGGGCCAGAUUGAUGCCAUGUCCGGCAGCUUGGCAGGAGAGGGCAAACGAGAGGCCAAUAAGGCUAAGGUUUACUACGGAUUGCUGAAGGAACCGGAAAUUGAGCUGCCUCUUGAUGAUGAGGACGAGGAGGCAGAGAAUGAGGAGGGUAAACCCAAGAAGAAGAAACCCAAAAAGGACAGCAUGGGCUCCAAGAGCAAGAAGCAGGAUCCUAAUGCACCUUCACAAACUAGGAUACCUCUUCCAGAACUGAAGGAUUCAGACAAGCUGGACAAGAUCAUGUACAUGAAGGAGGCCACCAAGAGGAUCCGCCUGGGACCAGAUAACCUGCCCUCCAUCUGCUUCUACACUUUUCUCAAUGCUUACCAGGGUCUGACUGCAGUGGACUUCACCGAUGACUCCAGCCUGGUCGCGGGAGGCUUCGCUGACUCCACAGUACGGGUGUGGAGUGUCACACCGAAAAAGCUCCGCAAGGUCAAGUCUGCAGCAGACUUGAAUCUGAUCGACAAAGAGUCAGACGAUGUGCUGGAGAGGAUCAUGGAUGAGAAGACGGCCAGUGAGUCAAAGAUCCUCUAUGGACACAGUGGCCCGGUGUAUGGCAUCAGCUUCAGCCCAGACAGAAACUACUUGUUGUCAAGUUCUGAAGAUGGUACAGUCAGGCUAUGGAGUCUACAAACAUUUACAUGUCUGGUGGGCUACAAAGGCCACAACUACCCAGUGUGGGACACCCACUUUUCCCCCCAUGGGUACUAUUUUGUCUCUGGGGGACAUGACCGAGUUGCCCGUCUGUGGGCUACAGAUCACUACCAGCCUCUGCGGAUGUUUUCUGGUCACCUAGCUGAUGUCACUUGCACCCGCUUCCACCCCAACUCUAAUUAUGUGGCCACAGGGUCUUCUGAUCGCACCAUCCGGCUCUGGGAUGUCCUGAACGGAAACUGCGUCCGCAUCUUCACCGGUCACAAGGGUCCUAUCCACACGCUGGCCUUUUCUCCCAAUGGGAAGUUCUUGGCUUCCGGAGCCACUGAUGGCAGAGUUCUUCUGUGGGACAUUGGCCAUGGGCUGAUGAUUGGAGAGCUUAAAGGCCACACAGAUACCAUCUACUCGCUCCGGUUCAGCAGAGACGGAGAGAUCCUUGCCUCCGGCUCAAUGGACAACACGGUUCGUCUGUGGGAUGCCAUGAAAGCUUUUGAUGAUUUAGAGACCGAUGAUUUCACAGCGGCUACAGGACACGUCCAUCUACAGGAUAACUCCCAGGAGCUUCUGCUGGGCACCUACAUGUCUAAAUCUACACCCGUUAUACACCUUCACUUCACCCGCAGGAACCUGCUGCUGGCCACCGGGGCCUACAAUCCAUGAGACAUUGAAUUAUGAGAAAUAAUCUAUAGAAGUUUAAAAUUAAGCAAACGUCUAGUCCCCAAGAUCCACAGGUGACUGAAGAGGUUUGUGGUGCAGUUGGAAUAAAACCAAACUGUAUUAUCAUCACCUCUGCCAAGAGACUGGCUGUGAAUGAAGAUACAACUUAAAUUAGCCGACUUCUGUUCUGGCCAUAAAUGAAGCUGAUCUACUGCAGAUAUCCCCUCGCCAUGCCAAGUGCCAUUGUUGAUUGAGGACUGUUUUUUUUAAAUCACUGCCAUGAUUACAGCUUGUUCAACACGUGGCUAACAUUUCCGUAUCUUAGUCUUUUAUACUGGUGUAAAUAAAACACACAUUUUCUA